AAAAUUCUCCCAGUGGGGCGUACAAAUUGGCAAGAAUAUGACAACUUGGAAUAUGAGAGACCGUUCCCACCUUAUUUUUCCGAAUGCUACCUGCAGUUUCUUUAAAUAUUAGUGAUAUCGUUCUUCCUUCGACUGCAACACAAAUCCCAGUAUCUCAUCGAACAUAAACUACUCAUGGCCGACCAAACUACUUGUUUCCUCAUCCUCUGUUUUCUGGCACUGCUUCUCAUGUCUAGUUUAAGUACUGAUGCAAAAAUUCUCAACAUUACCACAGAUCAAUCUGCUCUUCUUGCAUUGAAAGCUCAUAUUUCUUAUGAUCCUCACCAUAUUUUGACAACAAAUUGGUCCUCCAAUACUUCAGUUUGCAAUUGGGUUGGUGUCACUUGUGGUUCCAGACAUCAACGGGUUACAGCCUUGAACCUUUCUAACUAUGGUCUCGUAGGAACCAUUCCUCCGCAUAUAGGAAACCUUUCAUUUCUUGUCAGCCUACGCAUCAAGCACAAUAGAUUUCAUGGCUCAAUGCCAAAUGAAUUGUCUCAUCUUUAUCGCUUGGAAAUCUUGCAUUUUGGAUACAAUGAAUUCAGUGGAGAAAUCCCAUCAUGGAUAGGAUUGCUAACAAAACUUCAAAGUUUAAUUCUUGUAACCAACAAUUUUGAAGGUUCUAUCCCAUCAUCUCUAUUUAACCGUACAUCUUCAUUGCAACAAAUUGUACUUGAAGACAAUCAACUUUGGGGCUCCAUACCAUCCUCUAUCUUCAAGAUCAUGUCUACCUUGGAAGUAAUUUCUCUAGCAGAAAACAAGUUUUCAGGUCCAAUGCCCUCCAUUUUAUUUAACAUGUCUUCACUGCAAUAUAUUGAUCUCAGCAAUAAUAUGCUAUCUGGUACACUACCACCGGAAGUAGGGAACUUAAUCAUGCUUACCGAUUUAAACCUUGCCAAUAACAGCUUUGAAGGAAGUCAGCUCCCAUCCUCUUUGUUCAAGUGCAAACAGCUGCAAUAUUUAAACUUGUGGUCUAAUAAUCUCAAAGGAAAACUAUCACCCGAAAUAGGGAACUUAACCAAGCUCACAGUUUUAAAUCUUGACCACAACAACUUCGAAGGUAGUUUGCCAUCCUCUUUGUUCAAGUGCAAACAGCUGCAAGGUUUAUACUUGAAGUCUAAUAAUUUCACAGGAAAACUAUCACCCGAAAUAGGGAACUUAAGCAAGCUCAUAGAAUUAGAUCUUUCCUACAACAAUUUCGAAGGGGCAAUACCAAGUGAAAUUGGUAAUUUGCAGAGCCUAGAGUAUUUCAAUCUGGGACUUAACAAUUUUGUUGGCACAAUUCCACCGGACAUAUGCAAUAUCUCAACAAUACAAGUGUUUGCCAUACUAGAAAAUUGCCUCUCAGGCACUCUACCAUCAGAUAUGGGUCUCUUCCUUCCAAAUCUCAAGCACAUUCUUAUUGAGGGGAAUGUACUUAGUGGAAUAAUUCCAGCCUCUAUUUCCAAUGCUUCGCAGCUCAUUACAGUCGACUUAGCAAAAAACUCAUUCUCAGGCUUGAUUCCAAAAACACUUGGUAAAUUAAGGCUCCUCGAGUGGCUCGGCCUCGAAUUCAAUAAUUUGACGAUUGACUCUUCAGAGAAUAUUUUUUCAUAUUUUUCGAACAACGCAUAUCUCAAAGCUUUGAUACUGAAUAUGAAUCCACUAAAUGCAGUCCUUCCUAAUUCCAUUGGAAACCACUCGAUCUUUCUUGAAAUACUUCAUUUCACUAGUUGUAACAUGAAGGGCAACAUUCCUAUAGAUAUUGGAAAUUUAAGUAGAUUGACAUAUUUGUCACUGGCCGACAAUGAUUUGACUGGACCUAUUCCAGCUACAAUAGGAAGAUUAAGCAUGCUCGAACGUUUGGUUCUUUUUGGUAAUAGGCUAAAAGGUUCAAUCCCAUCUGAUAUCUGUUACUUAGGGAAAUUGGGAAUUUUAGAUUUAGCUGACAACAAGCUUUCUAGGCAGAUUCCUGAAAGCAUAAGUAAUAUGACUUCAUUAAGACUUCUCAGCUUACCCUUCAACCAAUUAACUUCAAAGAUUCCUUCGAGCUUGUGGAGCCAAACAAAUCUCUUGAUGGUCGACUUGUCAUCCAAUUCCCUAAGUGGCUCUCUUUCAUUAGAUAUUGGAAAUAUGAAAGUCCUGACAGCAUUGAAUUUAUCAAGAAAUCAACUAUCUGGUAGUAUCCCAGAAACAAUUAGUGGGCUCAUAUCUCUAGUCAAUCUCUCUUUGGCAGUCAAUCAAUUAGAGGGCCCCAUUCCUAUAUCUUUUGGUGGAUUAGUAAGCUUGGAGUUGUUAGAUCUUGUUGGUAACAACUUAUCUGGAGAGAUACCCAAGUCCUUAGAAAUGCUACGGUACCUCAAAUAUCUAAAUGUCUCCUACAAUAAACUACAAGGAGAAAUUCCAACACAGGGACCAUUUGUUAACUUCUCAGCUGAAUCAUUCAUGUCAAAUGAUGCGCUUUGUGGUGUGAUUAGACUAAAUGUUCCUCCAUGCAAAGAAGCUUCUCUUGGACAAAGAAAGGCAAUGGGGUUAAUGAUACUAAAAUAUGUACUGCCCACAUUAGGGUCAAUGAUACUUGUAGUAUCCAUUGUACUAGUCUCAAGAAAACUCCAAGCAAAGAAGAAUGCAAAACUUUCCAACAACAAAGACUCAAUACCUUUAUCAACAUGGAGAAGAAUUUCACACCAAAAACUUUUACAAGCAACAGAAGGGUUCAGUGCAAACAACUUACUUGGAGAAGGGAGUUUCGGCUCAGUUUAUAAAGGGACACUCUUAGAUGGUACAUACGUUGCAAUAAAAGUUCUAAACUUGGAACUAGAAGGUGCAUUCAAAAGUUUUGACAUAGAAUGCGAGAUAUUACGACACGUUCGUCAUCGAAAUCUUGUCAAAAUCAUUAGCGUUUGUAGUAACAUUGACUUCAAAGCACUUGUUUUGGAAUACAUGUCUAAAGGGAACCUAGAGAUGUGGUUGUAUUCUAACACCCAUUGCUUGAAUAUGCUACAAAGACUUAAUAUAAUGAUUGAUGUGGCAGCAGCACUUGAAUACCUUCAUCUUGGUUAUUCAACACCUAUCGUUCAUUGUGAUUUGAAGCCGAGCAAUGUCUUAUUAGAUGAAGAUAUGGUUGGACAUGUUGCUGAUUUUGGCAUUUCCAAACUCCUAAGUGAUGGAAUUUCUCUCACGCAAACAAUGACCAUGGCUACAAUUGGGUAUAUGGCACCAGAGUAUGGAUCUGAAGGAAUUAUUUCUACAAGCGGUGAUGUGUAUAGCUAUGGAAUAUUAUUGAUGGAAACUUUCACAAGAAAAAAGCCCACUGAUGAUAUGACUAUCGGUCAAAUGAGCUUAAAGCAUUUAGUAGAGGAAUCGUUUUCAAUUUCGAUACUUGAAGUUAUUGAUGCCAAUUUGUUGAGCAAUGAAAAUGACUAUGCUGCUAUGGAGACCUGUUUAUCAGAAACUAUGGGCUUGGCUUUGCAUUGUUGUGCAGAUUUGCCUAAACAGAGGAUCGAUAUACAAAAUGUUUUAGCUAGACUUAAAAAGAUCAAAUUAAAGUAUCUACAUGAUCAUGGAGGAGGGUAAUUUGGGUAUCAAGUUUCUUUCUAGCGGAGGCCACAAUCGAGCCUAGUCAAGUAGAGUUUAUUACCAAGCUACAACUUAAUCUACAAUUGAUCUCGACUCUCAAAGCCCAGGAAUCAAGCCCCAAGAAACAACUACUGGCUCUUGUUCUUCUACGCAGAGUCCAACUCAAAGUUUCCCUUCGUCUGUAAGAAAUGUUACCUCAGAAACAAGCGGAGGAGGCCAUGGUCUCGAGCUUCAACUUGACUGAGCGUGAUGACAGAGAGGAAGAGAAGGCAGACGAGUCGGGUUUGGGCCUCAAAAGCUUUCUCUGGCAUGGUGGGUCUGUCUAUGAUUCAUUGUUCAGCUGUGCAUCCAACCAGGUGGCUCAGGUUCUGUUAACGCUGCCAUACUCUUUCUCUCAAAUGGGUAUGCUUUCAGGGAUUAUACUGCAGGUCUUUUAUGGUCUGCUUGCAAGCUGGACUGCUUAUCUGAUCAGUAUUCUAUACGUCGAGUACCGAAGCCGAAAGGAGAAAGAGAAUGCCAGCUUCAAGAACCAUGUCAUCCAGUGGUUUGAAGUGCUCAAUGGUUUACUUGGCCUGUACUGGAAAGCCGUUGGGUUGGCCUUCAACUGUACCUUCCUCCUCUUUGGAUCUGUUAUCUAGCUCAUAGCUUGUGCAAGUAAUAUAUACUACAUAGACGACCAUUUGGACAAGAGGACAUGGACAUAUAUCUUUGGAACUUGCUGUGCCACCACUGUGUUCAUACCCUCAUUCCACAACUACAGGAUUUGGUCCUUCCUUGGGCUGGGAAUGACCACCUACACUGCUUGGUAUUUGACCAUUGGAGCCGUUGUUAAUGGCUAGGCAGAGGGUGUUACGCAUAGUGGCCCAACAAAGUUGGUUUUGUAUUUCACAGGCGCCACCAAUAUACUGUAUACUUUCGGCGGGCACGCCGUCACCGUGUGAGUUUGACCAUAUCCUAAUUUUUUAAAGUAACCCAUGCUGCUAUAUUCUUCUCUGAAAAUUCAGAGAGAUUAAAAAAAGGUAAAAUUUAUUGCAAAAUGGGUUUAAUUUCGGGGGUUUUCAUGGGGAUGGUAUUCGGGAUGGAAACAAAUGAUGCGGUACCGAAGCGAAUUGCUAAGGUAUUACCCAAAUUUGGAUGCAUCCAAAGUUUAUUUCUGUUUAUAUUUAUUCUCAAAUUGUCUCAAGUUGUUGUUUUCUUGUUUUCUUUGUUCAUGCUUAAAUUGGAGAUUUGCGUUGAAUGAUUGGUUUGGUGGGUUAGGGAUUUUAAGUUUACACAAAAACUGGUGGAGAAAAGUUGCAAAUAUAUCUUUCGAUUAUUAUUUUGUGAUGCUUAAACUAGAACAAACUAUGGGGCGAUCCUUGCUACUUCUGGUUUGAGAUGCAAUUUUUUGUGUAUGUAUCUUAUUUCUCAUUUUCAUACUCACUUGGACAAUCUCCCUUUUGAGCACCUCCAUAAAAGAAUCAAAACUGAAGUGGGUUGCAGGAGAUAUUGGACGCGAUUUCGGAAGCGAAGGUGCUGGGCGAUGAUCACUAUUAUCAUGCGUGGGGUACACCUUGGGGUUAUGGAUACGAUGGCUUGACGAGGGAUUGGGACGACGUCGUGGCGGAGAUGUAGGAGGAGGUUUGCAGGGAAAGAGGUGGUGACGAGAUGGAGACGUUUUGUGCGCAGAGGUUUUGGUGCUUGCAGAGGUUUACUAGGGAACAAGUUGAACAACUUGACAAGAACAAGCAAUGGUCCAGGGCACUUGAUGGUUCUGAUUACCUCCCAGGAAUGUUACCUAUCUUUGGGUCUACCAAGGCAGUGAUAAUAUUUCUGGGUUGAUUCUGGUGAAUAUUGCUACCUUGGUAACUUGUGGCCUGCAGUUGCUGACGAGGAACUACUUGUCAAAAAAAAAAAAAAAACUAUGGGGCGAUCCUUGCUACUUCUAGUUUGAGAUGCAAUUUUUUAUGCUGUCGAUAUAAAACUCCUUGGAUCCCUUAAUCGGGAUGAUUUGAAGAAAAUUUGCGGUGAUAAUUUUCCUGAAUGGAUAUCUUUCCCCGCCUUUGAACAGAUGGAAAUCUCUUUGGAAAAAGUGGGAUUAUGAAAGUUCAAAGGUUGGGCUAAAAACCUAUCAAGUGGAAAGCUGACAGACACUGUUGAUACCAGAUACGGUGUUCAAAAAGUUCCUCUGCGUAAUAAUUUGUUGAUAAGAGGUCAUUGCCAACCAUUGACAAGGUCAAGAGUUAUGGUGGAAGAGAUGUGGAAACAUGCUCCCAACAUUUCUGAAGCAAGGGGUUGAAGUCAGGAAUCUCGAUAAUCCUGGUUUUGGCAGCUUUGGCAAGUCUCCUUAGUAGAUUUUGCACACUCUCCAUCAAUCUAGGGUGCCUUGAGGGAUGUGGCAUUGCACCAUUUUAGAGUUGUGUAUAUAGUAGUGACAGAUCUAGAAAUGAUCUCUCUUUGUGGUCGAAACCUCUAUUCCAAUAAUAAGUUUUUGGUAUAACAAUACAAACAGAAUACUUCAAGCA